CCUCCCCCUCUUCAUUGUAGACUGAGCUCCCUGCUAGAUACACACGUUAGUCUCUACAGGACCUCACACAAUGAAGACUCUCCUACUUUUCUCCGCUGUCUGCGUAGCUGUCGCCUACAGCCAAGUGAUGGAGCCCUGCUCGCCACCAUCGCUCUGGGAAGCCAGGAUCUCCAGGGUUGACCCAGAAAAGCGCUUCUCCGAGCGUGCAAGAAUUUCUUAUGAUGCCACCAACAGGCGCAUCCGCAUCAUCGAGGAAGUAAACAUCCUUGUAGCGAGAGAGUACUAUGAUGUGCUGUUCAUCCACAACACCGAGCCCGGAACUGAAUACCGCCUCAACCUGAAAACGAAGGAGUGCCAGAAGAGGGAUAUCGUUGAUGCCUGGCGUCCCUUCCAAGUCCCUCCAAACUCCACCUUCCUGGGUGAGAGCUACAUCGGGACCGGCUCGAUUCAAGGCGCAGGCGUCCAGACGCAACUUUGGGAAAAUGUUUUUGAGAACGAAGACAAGUAUUUCGGUGUCUACACCGCUGUGGGCUGCAUUCCAAUCCAAGAGGAAUUCUACAGCAGGCGCACUGGCCUUGUCACUACCACAUUCUUUGACGUGACAGGCGGCAUCUCCGACCCUAAUGUCUUCAUCCCACCGAGGGAGUGCAUGUAGUCUCUGUCGGUGUUAUCUACGCAGAUACCAUUUGAAGAUUUGCAAUGAAAGCUUUCUUAAGAAAGUGGCCCGACAGGGCGUUCUGCAAUUUUGUUUCCUUCCUUGAACAUCCAAGUGAAGUAAUUUUAUUUAUGGUGUCGUUUUUUCUAUAAACGUCUAUUCUGACUCCAUUUAACGCAUAUUCUGUAUGAUUGGUCUUUCUCUCGUCACAAUGAUGACACAUGUUGGUAUAAUAUCAUGUACUGCUGCACAAUCAUCUUUGUCUCGGAAAUGAUUGCGAAAUAAAGGUCUUAUGACACGA